AUGGAACAUGAGAGGUAUCAUCCAUUACAGCCACUGGAACAUAGAAGAACCAUCAAUGCAGAUGUCUAUUAUCAACAACUUGAUUGUGUAAAUGAAAAAUUAUGUCAAAAGCCAGCUUUAGUAAUCAGAAAAGGUGUCAUUCUUCAACAUGACAAUGGAUGGCAACAUUCUUCAAAACAAACCCAAGAAAAAAUAAGAUUGUUAGAAAGGAAAGUUCUUUCACAUCCUUCAUACGCAUCUGACUUGGCCCCUAUGGAUUUCCAUUUGUUCCGAUCACUAAAACAUGAUAUAAGAGGCAAAAGAUCAGAGAGGAAGUUGAAAAUGGCCAUUCAGACAUUUGGACAUAAAAGGUUACUUUCCCAUUGGGCGGCAGUUGACAAAAACAAUGGUGAUUACAUUCUUGAUUAG